AUGUCUCGAGAAACAGUCAGACCAGCCUUUGAGGGUCGCGAGCGUCCGAUCAUAGCCCAUGGUGUCUCUUUCCCCACAGCUGUAGCUCGCCAUAUUGAGGACAUUUUCAACGCUUCGCGCGUGUAUGUCAUCUGUUCUGGGACCUUGGCGCGUACCACCGACACAUUAGGACGGCUAACUGCUACUAUUGGUCCGGAUAAGGUAGUUGGUCGUCGAAUUGGCAUGAAGAGCCAUACACUGUGGUCCGAGGUGCUGGAGAUUACUGCGGAGGCCAGAGCCGCCCAGGCAGAUCUCAUCUUGACAAUUGGAGCAGGCAGCUUAACCGACGGGGCAAAGAUCAUUGCUCUAGCUCUCGCAAAUGAUAUCCGCACCCCUGAAGAACUGGAAACUCUCGCACAAGGUCCAAACAAGCGCGAGAAUAUAAAAGCACCAACAGUGCCCAUUAUUUCAGUGCCAUCAUCUCUCUCUGCUGGCGAGUACUCCAACUUCGCAGGUGGCACGGAGGACAACUCAAAGCGCAAAUACAGCUUCCAACCACCAACUCGGGGACCCGAGCUAGUGAUCCUCGAUCCAGAACUGGCACAAACUACACCAGAUUCAGUUUGGCUCAGCACAGGCAUACGAGCUGUUGACCACUGCGUAGAGACGUUGUGCGCUGUGGUGGGUACAACAACGUCAUCCGAUGAGCUGGCCCAGCGGGCAUUGAGCUUACUGGUUCCCGGUCUACUGCGUUGCAAAAAAGAUCAUGCGGAUCGUGAAGCAUAUUUGCAAUGCCAACUUGGGUCCGUUGAAGCUAUGGCGGCUUGUACGAGCGGGUCAAUUGAGUUGGGUGCUAGUCAUGGAAUUGGCCAUCAGCUUGGUCCCCUUGGUGUUGGUCAUGGCGAGACCAGCUGUAUCCUUUUGCCAGCCGUGUGCAAAUAUAAUUCGAAGUACAACGCCAAUCGAACUCAGCAGGAAAAGGUGCGUCAAUUCUUGAUCAAGGAUCCUGUCGUGUCGGAGGUGCUACACGCACGGUCAGUUGAUGCCAAUGCAUCUGAUCUUGGUGACAUUUUGGAUGCCAUCAUUCGCGAACUGGGAAUGCCGCGUUCUCUGAGUGAUGUCCGAGUUGGUCGUGACCAAUUGGAUGGACUAGCAGCGAACAGUUUACACGACCGGUGGUGCAAGUCAAACCCAGUGCCCUUGAAGGAGAAGUCUCAGGUACUGGAGAUCUUGGAGAUGGUUUUUUAG